GGUAUUGAGAUCAAAACUAUGGCUGCGCAGUCCUCUUCUUUUUCUUCGAAGGGCAAAUCAGAUCGCCAUGCGCGACAGACGGGCGAUUGGGUUCCGGUGCCGCGCCCGGACGCGGUUCAGCUGGCGCGCGAGAGCUACGCUGCCUGCGGUCGGUCGGCACGCUUUCGGGCGCCGUACGAGGCUCAGGUGCAAGAGCUCCAGCAUGCAGUGCAAACAAAAUGGGCUUUCGCGCGCAAGUUGUACCUGCAGUUUCUGUUGCAGCCGCUUCGCGCCGCCGCGUAUGCGAGUCACCCGUCGCGCCAGCUGCAAAAUGUGGCCUACGGCCGCGCGCGGCGGAAGAAGCGGUGGAAACCACUGCAGCGGCUGGCGGACCAGAGAUAUGAAUUGAAGCGGUACGCCUUCCAGAUGCUGUUGGCGGCCGCGGCGCGCGGAGCCGCCGCGCUGACGAUUCAGACCCGGGUGGCGCGGCCGUGGUUAGCGCGGCAACGGGUGCGGCUGGUCGUGUGGCGACGGGUAGAGCUGCCCCGGGCGGCGACCACCAUCCGCCGGGCGUGGGAAGGCGCAGCCCUCCAGCGGCAGGCGGGGCGCGUUCUGCAGUUACUGCGCGCGCGCUUGGUGAGGCAGGUUCUGGUUGGCGCGGUGCGGACGUUUCAGUGCAGGCAGGUGCUCACCCGGCUGGCGCGGAAGCAGGCACUGCAGGACGAAGCGCGGCGGGCACGGGAAGCGGACGAAGAGCAACGGUUGGCAGUAAAGAGGCAGGCCGAGGAGCGGCAGCGGGAGGCGCGACGCAAGCGCGAACAGGAGCGCUUCUUUCAGGCGCGGCAAAAUUCCCAAGACGUCUUCGACGCGAGUGCGCCACGCGGUGGAUCAGUUGCUGGAAGUGGUGUUGCCACGACCGCAGACGGGGAGCGCCUGCGGAUCCUCAGCGGAAAAGCACCGACAGCCGCGCUGGAAGCGGACAUACAGAUGCGAGCGGCGACCCGGGUACAGGCCGCGUUCCGGGGUCGGCGAGUGAGAGAGGCCAAUAACCCCUUCUCGGCGCAGAACCGCGCCCCGCGGCCAAACGUCAAAGUGGACCACUCGGGGCACUGGAACUUGCUGCACCAACGGCAGCACCAGGGGGCGGUGCAUCGAUUGCACACGGUCGCGCAGGCCGCCGUGCCGGCGCCAGCCGUGGAAGACAGUCCGCGGGGCGAGCCGGUUGGGAACAUCAAGGAUCCGCUCGAGGCCGUGCAAAGCCACAACUUGCUGCACGACCACGACGGCCAUUGGUCGAUGAUGCACCAGCGGCAAGCGCAUCGCGCAAAGCAAACAAGCAUUGCUCCAAACCGAAGCCUCGACGACGACGGUAGUUUCCCGCAGGCACAAACUGCCGGCUACAGGAAUGAUUCUGCGAGUGGUCGUUCUUUGGAUGCGCUGCCGCCGAGCGACGAACCCGAGACCCCCUCGUCGUCCCAGAGCAAAGACAAAAACUUUUUGUUUUUCAACGACUUUCUCACCGGCGUCCUGGGCGGCAAAAGCCAGUCGCCGCGCUACAAGUAUCGCGUCCUGCCCACGGCCGAAAAUGAUGGGCUGGCGCUUCUGCGGAUUCCGCGCUUGUGGUUGCCGAGUGAGCGUGCAAACAUGGGCCCAGAGGAGCUGACGGAACUUCGCAAUGCCCACCGCGUAGCGCAGGGCCUGUCUUCCGGGGGCGUCCGGGAGCCUGCAGCCUCCGCCUCCCCAGAGCCGAGCAGCCCGGACGACUUGGCCUCGCCCGUCCACGGGGACCAAAAUGAGGUUCCGCCGGACGUGCAGGAAGUUCCCAGGGAGCGGCGGGGCACUGCAACGGCUCCUCGACUUGUUGUAUCACACUCGCCAACUACCGGCGACCCCACAGGACUCGGAAGUAGUCGUGUCGCAGACAAUCCUUCGCCGAAAUCGCAAGUGCAGCAGCCGGGUGCGGUGGUUUCCGCUGCGAAGAAGGCCGCGACAGAGGGGAAGAGCCGCGCGGAGAAGGGCAGUGGAGGAACUGAGUCAUCCGUGGCCCAGCGUGGAAAAGGCGUAGGCCAACGCGUGGCAACCGUACAAAGCGGGAACAUAGGAAACUUCUCAGCCGCGGGGGGCGACCGAAGCGCUCCAGUACCAGGUAAGCGUGAUGUUCAGCCGCAUCAGGAGCUCGUGUCCCAGAUGAUAGGUGAGGUGCGCGUGGAGCGCACACAGCGAAAAAACGAAAGGCUCCGCUCCAUGCUGCGCAGGAAUCGCGGUCGGCUACUGGGCGUCAGCGCUUUUCCUUUUGCGCUGAAAAACAGGCAGGAACGCUCGGAGCAGGAACAGAGCGCGCAGCCUCCAAAGGAACAAAUUGUGGUUGAGCGAACUGAAAAGAACGCGGGGCUUGAUGUAGAUGAUGGCCUGAACGCGAAGUACGACGUAAGCCGCGGGUCGCAAGAGGAAGUUGCCGGGCCCCCCGAUGGUGAAAAGCGGAGAUCAGAUGAGAAAAAGCCUGAAGUGGCUUCGGCCACGGUUGUUGAUGACUUCCCGUCGCUGGAUGGGCGCGGUGCUUCUGGCCAACCUCCGAGAGCUCCUGCUUUGUCACCACAAUCUUCACGGGUCCCAGGCAGUGCUGCAUCUCCCCUUCUUGUCGGCGCAAGCGAAAAGCCGAAAAGCCCCCCGAGCUACAUUGCAGAUUCUAUUCCUUCAGUUGCGAUGGCAGAAGAUUCACCGUCGCGCUCCUCUCCGCAACAAGGAUCACCUCCAGUAGCAACGCAAAUGGCUGCACACGAUGCUGUCGCGGAAGCAAAAUCUUUGGCACCAUCACUGGAGGUUCUCCUUCCCGAUCGAACUCGCGACGCAGCUCAGGCACAGAAAAAAGCGGCCGAGAAGGAGAGGCUGGAAAGAUUGCGCCGUCAACAGGAAGAGGUCGCGAGUCGGCGCGAGCUUGCGGUCGCAGAGGCGAGGAAACGCGCGGCGGAGAUCGCGGAACGGGAGGCGGCUGAAAAGGCUCGGAAAGACGAAAUCGUGCGGAAAGCCCGAGAGGAACAGGCCAGGCGGAAGCAGUUGAGGCUAGAGACAGCAGCGGCGAACGCUCGAAACCUAGCUGGCGAUGCUGACGCACUGGCUCGUGGAGAAGACAAGGAAGCCGCUGGCUCAGUGCAUUUCCCAGAAUUUAUUUCCCCGGCAGCCCGCGCCCCGGCAGCCUCGAGUAACAGCGUCCGGCCGGAAGUGUUUGACAAAGCGCAGCCGAACAUUCCCCGGGAAAUCGUGGGAGCGUCGACUUCUAUUGCUUCCUCGCCGGAAAAACCUAUGGCAUCUUCUUUUGUAGCAGCUGAGAACAAGGACCUGCCUGGAAAACAAGUAGAACUAGAGGUAAAAAUAAAAGCGGCAAAAAGCGCCCCCGCGAGCAAGGAAGAGGUCAGAAAAGCACAAGAAGAGCGGAAACGGCUGCAGGAGGAAGCCACUCGCGCGCGUGAGCAGGAACGUGUGCAGAGGGAGGAGCGGGAGCGGGCGGAUGCCGAGGCCGCCGCUCGAGUCGCCCGCAUGGAUGAAGUUUUUCGAAGGUUGGAGCCCGUACUGGUGCGCCUAACCGAUGAGGUGCGCAACCGCGAGCUUUUUCUGCACAUGCCGCAGAACGAUCGGAACGCGGUGGAGCGGGCCUGGCCUGUAGCUGUGAAGUUGUUUCCGCAGGAAGCGCGAGACCUAGGCCAGGUCGCGGAGGUUCGCGUCGAGGCCGAAGCGCAGCUGCGCGAGGUGGUGGCGGCCGCGAUCAGACUCCAGAGCGUCUACCGGGGUUGGAAGAUCCGUCGCCGAGGCCUACUGGAGGAGCGCGUCCCCCAAAGCGCGGCCGCGCGGCGCAUUCAGGAGUCUUGGCGAUCGCGGAAAGCGCGCGUUCGCACGAUGAUUCGGACGCGCAUCCCUGCUUUGUGGCGGAGCCAGACAACUUCCUCCAGGCUGCAGCUGCUCGCCAGCGUGCACACCGGGCCCUUCCGCGACGAGAUACGGAAAUUUUUAUCGACCGAGGUGCCGCAGCUAAAACGCACGUUCUUCGAGCACAGUCGAAAAGUUUUUGAAGAGCAAGAGGUGAAAAGUGAGAUCGCCGCACUGCAGCGAAAGAUCAUCGGGGUGCUGGACAGCAUGGAGGAGCGCGGCGCCCUCCGGGAUACGACGACUAGACCCGGUGGCGGCGUGCAUGGCUCCUCCGUUCGGCAAAGACACAACUCCACUUCUGAGUUGGCGUUCGAACAGCAGAUCUUGUCGCUGCUGCGGGCCGCGCUUGCAUCGAAGUUGUCUUCCCUCAGCACCUCAUCCUCUGAGACCGGUACGACCAAGAGAACCGUUUUAGCUGGCAUCGUGGCUCGUGGGCGGAGCAGCUUUUUGAACUUUAUGGAGGCUCAGAACGCAACGCGCGAGCGGGCCGUCAGGCGCUUGCGAGAAAAAGUGCACGCAGCGGAGCGUGCGGCCGUCGAAGAAGGGGAGCACUACGAUGCGACGUUGCAGCGCCUGGAAAACCACUUGCAGGCGCUUCGAUUGGAAAUUCAAAGCUCCAAGUACGAUAGAAAAAUGGCACUCUAGUGGCGGGGAGUUUCAUUGAGGCAAACCGGAGGUAGUUUCGCGUUUGUUCAGCAGAAAGACGAGUACGCUUGUGGCUGCUAGCGCGGGGCGAGUCUGAAAUGUACUGCCGCAGGGUCGCUACCUGGUUCUUUCCAAGAAAACGCUAGUACUGAACCGUCACUAGGACGUAUUUGGAAUGAUUUGCGUUCGUGCUACUCCUCCACUUGCUCGCGCUAGCAUUUCCGCGCAAUUCAGCUGCAAAGGAAGAUGAAGUGUUGCGCGGUCGACUUCAACACUGCGGGAUUCGAUCCGGUUCGUAGCACUGCAUGGCUGGUCCUCAAAGCAGAAAGUCCCGUAGAUCAUGAUGCAUAAAGAACCAAGAGUUUGAGUUUCUCUAGGAUCUCUAGACCGGAACACAGAAAUCGAAAGGUCCCGUGCUCUGCUGCUGCGAAAUGGCGGAAAAUGAUCAAGGAGCAGGCUGAAGCACUUUUGCGAAUUGCAAUCACGCUCGAACUUUAGGCUCUGCUUGAGCAAAGAUGAUCAUGAUUCAGAAAGGAAGAUAAGUACGACAAAAGGAUCCCUUCGAGUGGAUCAGCUUUUGCCCAUGAGGUCGAUAUCUGAGCCUAAAAGAAGCAUAGGCGAAUAAAAAGAAUAUGAAAUCUGCCGGAUCUUUCAUGUUGUCUUAUUUCCAAAAAACAGGAGGAGAAGCAUAACGCGUCUCGGCAGGAUCCGUAUCGGGCGGCAUAGUAGUCUUAUCUAUCAUCUACGUUCACCUCGUGACUUGCCAUGCUGUAGUUGUAGCAAUUCUUGACGCACGUCCAUAGAUCCAUCGUAUGUAGUGAGGUCACCGAACGGUUCUAACCGGGGAGUUUUUUUGCCACCUCCCGUGAAAAACGGCCGGCAGUUUCCAAGCGGGCGGAAGUGUUUUUGGACAUAAAAAAUUUCCAAUUAUCAAGUGGCUUUGGCUGUGUCGGGACCGAAUCGCCAGCGGAUUCUAUCGCUCGCCGCUUGGUAAAACGACGCAGGGGAGCCGGCAAAAGGGGCGCCCUUCUGAGGCGCCCACCGCCUUAGUUUCUAGCGAUUUGGGGCGCCCAAAAAGGGGCGCGCAAAAAACGCGCCCAAGAUCAGAACAGCGAAACAGCACGGCACGGCGGCGAUUUCGGAGCAUUUUGGGCGGCCGCGAAAGCGGCCGCCCUUUC